AAAAGUCCGAGUUUCGACCCGAAAAUCAGCGAAUACAGACAGACGACAGGCGCGGUGUGUGUGUUUCUGGAAGUGCUGGUAGUGCUCUGCCUCUGAAGAGAAAUCAUUCCCUACGAUUGCUGUCCGAUUCUUCCGGUUCCUUCGAAAUCUGCUGUAAUCAACCGGAUUACCUGCUUCUGCCCCCUGCUCUAAGAAGAACAAAAUGCAGUCCAAUAUUCGGCAUUUGGUAAAUCUGGCUGCCAAGGGCAAUGCCGCCGCUGGCCUGCGCAAUCAUGGAGCUAUUCAGGGAGUGCUGUACGGUCGAUUCUACUCGACGACACAGGACGCCGAUCUGGUGGUGAUCGGUUCCGGUCCCGGCGGAUACGUCGCCUCCAUCAAGGCUGCCCAGCUGGGAAUGAAGACCGUCUGCAUCGAGAAGAACGACACCCUCGGCGGUACCUGCCUGAACGUCGGUUGCAUCCCAUCGAAGGCCCUGCUGAACAACUCACACUACUACCACAUGGCCCACUCGGGCGACCUGAACUCCCGUGGCAUCCUUGUCGACAACGUCCGCUUGGACUUGGGCGUCCUGAUGGACCAGAAGAACAAAGCCGUCAAAUCGCUGACCGGAGGUAUCGCUCAGCUGUUCAAGAAGAACCAGAUUACCCACAUCAACGGAUUCGGCACCAUCACCGGACCGAACACGGUCGUUGCCAAGAAGGCUGACGGCAGCGAAGAGGUUGUCAACGCGAAGCACAUCAUGAUCGCCACCGGUUCGGAGGUCACCCCGUUCCCGGGUAUCGAAAUCGAUGAGGAGACGAUUGUUUCGUCGACGGGAGCAUUGAAGCUGAAGGAAGUCCCCAAGCGAUUGGGUCUGAUCGGAGCUGGUGUCAUCGGUUUGGAGUUGGGAUCAGUGUGGAGUCGUUUGGGAUCCGAAGUUACGGCUAUCGAAUUUUUGCCCACUAUCGGCGGAGCCGGUAUCGAUCUGGAAGUUUCCAAGUCUUUCCAGAAGAUACUCGUUAAGCAGGGCUUCAAAUUCUUGCUGGGCACGAAGGUGAUGACUGCCUCCAAAACAGGCGGCGGAGUCACCGUAAGCGUUGAGAACGUCAAGGAUGGUAGCAAGCAAGAUCUGGAAUUCGAUGUCCUGCUGGUUUCCGUUGGACGUCGCCCAUACACCGAAGGUCUCGGUCUGGAGAAUGUUAGCAUCGUCAAGGAUGACCGAGGCCGUGUCCCAGUAAACAGCGCUUUCCAGACUAUUGUGCCCAGCAUCUACGCUAUCGGAGAUUGCAUCCACGGUCCCAUGUUGGCCCACAAGGCCGAGGACGAGGGAAUCGUGUGCGUGGAAGGUAUGCAGGGAGGACAUGUCCACAUCGAUUAUAACUGCGUUCCAAGUGUGGUGUACACUCACCCGGAAGUUGCAUGGGUCGGUAAGAACGAGGAGGAACUGAAGAACGAAGGUGUCGCCUACAACGUCGGUAAAUUCCCCUUCAUGGCCAACUCCCGCGCCAAGACCAACAACGAAACCGAUGGCUUCGUUAAGGUGCUGGCCGAUAAGCAAACUGAUCGCGUGCUCGGCGUGCACAUCAUUGGACCUGCCGCUGGAGAGCUGAUCAACGAGUCUGUUCUCGCCAUGGAGUACGGUGCGUCGGCAGAGGAUGUUGCCCGUGUCUGCCAUGCCCAUCCAACCUGUGCGGAAGCGCUACGAGAGGCCCACACGGCUGCCAGCUUCGGCAAGCCGAUCAACUUCUAAACUAAGUUUGUAAAAUACCAUUACCUAAAAAAACGAUAACCUACAUGGAUAAGAGCGAGCGAGUGAGGCGGGAGAUUUUUUUCGACGGCAAUCUUCCGCUCGAUGGAAAUCAAGAGAACGAUUUUAAAAUAAAUGGGAAAAGAAUAUCAUUUAAACUAGCAACAGUGUUUAGCUCGUCGUUAGUGCAGCAGCAAAGAACAAGUUAGUGUCACCCUUAUCACCCAGUGGAGAGUGAAGUGCUGCAGUUCACCGAAAUCCGCUACAUCUACUGUAACAUCUCGAUCGAUCGUAUUCGACCACCAGCCCGUUUGUUUGCGGAAUCGAAACAACAGGUGAUUCCUUGCAAUUUUGUAAUAUGCAACAGCUUAAACUUAUGAGAUCUAUUAAAUUAUUGUUUUAGAAACAAUAUAAAAAUU